CAGGAUGACAUGCCGAGGCCUGGUCAGCCAGGUCAAGCUCCUCGCCCUACUGCUCGUGCUUGAGUUUUAUGACGUUUAACAUGGAUUUCUAUAAUGUCAAGCAACUUUGAUAACUCAAUUUAUGUAGAAGGUUUCGGAUUUUAUUUUACAGAAUUUUGUUACUGCAGAAGUAUGCUUGUUGGAAAUUGCAUUUUUAUUUCCUUGAAUAUCUUUCUUCACCUAAAACUCUAUAAUGUAUCCGUUGCCGGCUGAGGCCGCAUGCAUGCGAUGCAAAUUUGAUAUCUGCACAUGGUUUAGAGAAGAAUCCUUCUAAUUGAAUAGCUUUCUUUGAACUUCUUCCUCAGCUUAUUUUUUGGUGUAUGUUUGUCUGUUGUACGGAUCAAAUGAACGACCCAGAUGCAUUUUGAGCAUUUGAUGAUCUUCCCAUUCAAUGUUGUAUACCAUGUGAUAUUGCCACCUCAGCAGAAGAUAUAUCCCCGGGAAGCAUGGGGACUGCUGACUUGCACUCUCGUCUCGAGCAUUCUGUUUCUGUGAAACAAAGCUCUCUCAUUUCUGGUUCCUGGGCUUUGCUUUGGAGAGGUUAGGGUUUUCCUGUUCGUGGGAGCGUUCCUCUAAUGUUGACCCAGAUGUUCUCCUCCUUCUUUGCUAACUCCGGUAACUCCAACGGAGAUAAAGACCUGCGGAAGUUCAUGAGAACGGAGAGUAUAUAUCUGGAUCCUCUAAGGACUUAUUUCAUUUUAUUUUAAUGAGAAACCACUCUGUUGUCCUUUUCCUUGAGGAAUCAAAUAUUUUUAGAUUGCUAAGUUAGUCUCAUCAUUCUGCUUGAAAUAUUGCUGAUCAACCAUGAGUUUCAUUUCUAGAACAUUUGUGCCUAUCAGAGUCAGAGAAGUAUUGCGUGGUGCUGCAACAGACAAGCAACUAGUUUGUCUUUGUUGUUUAAUCUUUAUUAAUUCUUCUGUUCUGUUAACAUUUUCUUGUGUCAUCCUUGAGUUCUUAGGCUGUCUUAAACGGUGAUAUCAAUCAACUCAUUUGAGUUCCCCGUUCUCCUAGUUCUCCCGAGGCCUUUUCUGUUCUUUUUCCUUUAUGAAUUGGUUAUAAAUUCCUUAUUUACUAAAAUAUUUCUAUGUGCUGCUUUUUCUGUGGGCAUUCUAGUUGACAAAAGGGGCAUUGUGUUGGUGAGUGUUUCUAGGUUUAUGUUCUGAAUCAUUUUUCAGAAUGGAAGAUUCUCAAGAGAGUCUGUCACCUUCCUCCUCUUUGUCACUAUCCUCGACCUUCUCCUCUUCAUCUAAUCCACAACCAUCAUCACCUUCCUCUUCAUUUUCUUCAUCCUCUUGCUUAUCAUCUCCACUUAACCCAUACCCAUUAUUAAUUGAUGCCGAACUCUGGAUGAUGGCUGAGAAAAGGACCCUAGAGAUGUUAAGGAUUAUUCAACCUGCUUUAGUGUCAGAGGAAAAGAGGAAAAGUAUUAUCAAUAAUGUUCAGAUGCUAAUCAAAGAUUAUUUUGGAAUUGAGGUUUUCCCAUUUGGCUCUGUACCAUUGAAAACAUAUCUUCCUGACGGGGAUAUUGAUUUGACUGCCCUCAGUCAUCAAAACCUUGAGGGGGAUCUGGCAAGAGAUCUCUGCAGUAUCCUACAAGAUGACAAGCAUGACUCUACCUUUUUAGUACAAGAUGUUCAAUAUAUUCCUGCACAGGUUAAAAUUGUGAAAUGCACUGUGAAUAAUAUACCUGUGGACAUUUCUUUCAAUCAAAUGGCAGGUCUGUCUGCUCUAUGCUUUCUGGAGAAGGUUGACCAACUUAUUGGGAAAGAUCAUCUUUUUAAACAUAGUAUCAUCUUGAUCAAAGCUUGGUGCUAUUAUGAGAGCAGAAUUCUUGGUGGACACCAUGGUUUGAUAUCCACAUAUGCAUUAGAAAUAAUGGUCUUGCACAUCAUAAACAUCUUCCAUUUAUCAUUAUGUGGUCCUUUAGCAGUACUAUAUAAGUUUUUGGACUACUAUAGCAUAUUUGAUUGGGACAAUUAUUGUGUCAGUAUAAAUGGUCCAGUUGCUUUAUCUUCUCUUCCAGAAAAUUUUGAAGAGACUCUAGAAAAUGAUGGUGAGGACCUUCUACUCAGUCAGGAGUUUCUGAGGCACUGCAGGGAGACAUUCACAGAUCCCAUACAGGCUCGUGAAACUAGGGGCCAUGGUUUUCCAAUCAAGCAUCUGAACAUACUUGAUCCUCUGAAAGACAACAACAACCUAGGGCGCUGUGUUAGCAAAGGUAAUUACCAUCGCAUUAAAUGUGCUCUUUCCUAUGGGGCUAAAAGUCUUCUGGAGAUCCUCACACUACCCGGUGAAAGUAUGGGUAUGGGACUUGAAAAGUUCUUUGUGAAUACCUUGAAUAGGAAUGGAAGGGGAGAGAGGCAAGAUGUACAAAUUCCUGUUCCUGCCUUUGGCACAGGAAGAUCUGAAGCAUCUGAUCUCAGUGGAGACUAUGACAGUUACUACCAUAGUCUGCUUUAUGGGCAGUGGUAUCACAAUUAUACCCUGUUUCUUUCUUCCCAGUCCAGUCCUCUAUCAUCACCUUCUAGGAGUCAUAAGAAAAGUGCAUGGGAUGCUCUGCGUCAGUUGGUACGAUCCAGGAGGAACUUUUUCUAUGGAAAACGUGGGGAUGUAGUUUUUCCAAGCCCAUCAUUGUGUCAUCCUUAUGCUCCCCAAGUACCUACAACUACUUUUGGUAUUGGUGAAAUGGAGAAGUCAAGAGGAACAGGCACUUACAUCCCUAAAAUGACCCAGGUCUAUCGAUCUUACAGAGACAUGCAUGCUUGGCCAAGGGGGAUGAAACCAGAAUCGUCAAAUUGUGAGCUGUUGAUGAAGUCGCCAGAAAAGAGCAACAAGGUUAAAGAUUCCCUGGGAAAAAAGAAUGCUGGAAAUGGCAGCUGUGUUUGGACUGUUGACCUUUCCCCGGAGCAAUUUCCACAUUUGCCAACCAUAAAAAAACCGAUGACAAUGAGAAUGAGAUCACAUCAUUGUAGUCAGCCCACAGUGAACACUCAACAGGAAGAGAGUUCCAGUUCCUCCCAACCCUCAUAUCAUGGUAUAAAGUUCGGGACUUAUGAGCCUUCACUACCAAUAAAGCGACCUGAUGCUGGGUUCUCAGCCACAACAUUGUUAAUGAUGGGCAUCCCAACAAUAGAAUUGCCAGAGCAGGAAGGAUUAUCAGAAAGCGAUGAAGAAAGGGUUGUUGUCAAACUCAAACCAUUCGAACUGAAAGAUGAUGGUGACUUCCCUCCCUUAUGCAUGUGAAUGUUGUUUUACAGAAAGGCUGCAAGUCAGCCGAAAGAAAAGUCACAACUCCCAACAUCAAAGCUUCCUCUGCUACCAGGAGGUUGCCCUGAUACAAUUUGAAUUUUAAACCCCUGCCAUAUGUAGGCAUUAGAAACAACUAUUUUUUUUUUUUUAACUAUUUUCUGCCCUUGUGAAAUGAUUCAUAAAGGCGUGCCAACAAUGAGGUAGUGUCUCCCUGCAAUCUCAUUUUCCAUGAUUUCUUGUAUCUUUUAUAUGCAUUUGUAAGGUCAAAGAGGCGAUCCUUCGGCCAAGCUCAGAUUUUUGGAUAUUUUUCACAAGCAGGUAACCUUAUAUUGUUUAUGAACAGUAUAUAAAUAUUUCAAUUUCUG